UGAAAGGGAGCCGCGCCGGCGGCGGCGGCUGCUGCUCCUCCAGCUCCGGCGAGGCGGUGUGGAGGCUGGCUCGGGUGGGCUGGCGGGGAGCGCCUUCGCCCGCCGGCCCGCUCUUCCGUCCGUCCGCCUGCCUGCCUGCCUGCCUCGUGCGCGCCUCGCCGCUCCACGCCGGGCUGGCCAUCCGGCCCGCCCCUUCGCUCGCGUGCUCCGGCGCCCCGAUCUAUGGCGGAAGCGCCCCGCCGGGCCACCCAGAGGCCGCGGUGGACGGUCAGCCCCAGGCGGCGGCAACAGCAGCGGCAGAGGCGUCCCGGGCGGGGGCUGCCUGCCAUGCGCGCCGGAAGGGUGCGGCCUUCCCGAACCGAAGGCAGCAGUCGGAGGACACAGUGAGGCUGCCCCGUAAUUGGAUGGUUCCGGCCUUGAGAUGGCGGCUCUGUAUGGCAGCGAGGUGAAGUGUGUCAGCGUUGAAUGGGAUUUCCUGCAGGGCUUACUAGUGAAGAACCAGCCAGUGCCCUGCCUACAGGCCCUGCGUAAGGAGAAGUCCCGCAACGCGGCUCGCUCCCGCCGAGGCAAGGAGAACUUUGAGUUCUACGAACUGGCCAAGAUGUUGCCGCUGCCCGGAGCCAUCACCAGCCAGCUGGACAAGGCCUCCAUCGUCCGCCUUACCAUCAGUUACCUCAAGAUGCGUGACUUUGCCAACCACGGCGACCCGCCCUGGAGCCUGCGAGCUGACGGGCCUUCCCCGGCUGGCAAAGCUUCUAGCCGGAGGAAUGGGAGCACGCUGUUAACAGAGCUCUUUGAACAGCACUUAGGCGGCCACAUCCUGCAGUCUCUGGAUGGGUUUGUGUUUGCACUGAACCAAGAGGGAAAAUUCCUUUACAUCUCCGAGACAGUGUCUAUUUACCUCGGGCUCUCGCAGGUAGAGCUAACUGGCAGCAGUAUCUUCGAUUACGUCCACCCAGGGGACCACCCUGAAGUUGCUGAACAGCUGGGCUUAAAGUCACCCUCUGACACGUCCCGUUCCAGUCGUCAGAAAGCAUCCAGUCUAGUGGCUGCCUCCUCUUCUUCCGGACUGUCAGAGGCUUCCGAAUCUGAUGCAGCCAGCUCCCGUCCUGCUGAGAGCGAUGCUUUGGAACGCUCCUUUUUCAUCCGCCUGAAAUCCACCCUCACUAAGAGGGGGCUUCAUGUGAAGACCUCUGGCUACAAGGUGAUUCAUGUGACGGGCCGCCUUCGCCCCCGACUGCCGUCCUUCUCCCACUCCCACUCCAUCCUGGGCCGUGUGAUGGGGCUGGUGGCGCUGGCCCACACUCUGCCCCCUUCCACCCUCAGCGAGGUGCGCAUUGAGUGCCACAUGUUUGUCUUCCGGGUCAACAUGGACUUGCAGAUCGUGUACUGUGAGAGCAGGAUCAGCGAUUAUAUGGACUUCUGCCCUUCUGAGCUCGUUGGCAAAAGCUGUUACCGGUUCAUUCACGGCGAGGAUGUGGAGGGAAUCCGGCAAAGCCAUCUGGACUUGUUAAACAAGGGGCAGGUGGUGACCCAAUAUUACCGCUGGCUGCAAAAGAACGGGGGCUUUGUAUGGAUCCAGUCCUGCGCGACCAUCUCGGUCAACGUCAAGAACCCCAGUGAGAAGAACAUGGUCUGGGUGAACUACAUCCUCAGCAAGCCUGAGUAUAAAACCACAGCGCUGGACAUAUUCCAACUACCUGGGAUCCCUGCAAGGCAGACGGAGGCCCCGGAGGCAGGGCCAGAUUUCAAAGAGAACAGCCUUGCCAAAGAGAACAGCCAAGGGAAGCUUUACUCCCCCAACAAACCUGGCUCCAUAGCCAAAGCCUACCCCAGGAGUGUGGUGGAGACCGUGGCCCAGUGCCACGUGGCGGAGACUGACUCAAGUGGCCCCGGCAGGAGCUACCGAGACGAGGAGGUGUCGGAGGACGGCGGUGGGACUGACACGGAGGGACCUCCCCGCAAGCGUAUCAAGCUGGAGUUCCGGCCAGAGAGCCCCAUGCAGGAGGCAAAGGACGCCUCACUCACCAGCUCCGAGGAGUCGGACAGUGGCAGUGAAUCAGAGCUGGGUCUCCUCCCCCAGCAGAAGGGGCCUCUGGUUGCAAAAGCAAAUGGCUGCAAGGCUGGUGGGCGGAGGAGCGCAGGGCCCAGCCGCCCCUGCACGUCAGAGUUUGCCUCUGUCAUCCAAACCCAAAAGAGCUCAGCUCUGAAAGCCAACCCAGCACUUAGUGUUAAAUCGGAGCAAGUCCCUGGUGCCAAAGCAGCACCAUGGCCCUGUCCUGCCGCCCGAAAGGGCAGUCCUUACACUGUGAACAAAGCACUUAGCUUAGAGAAGCCCACUUUGAGACAAGCCUCUUCUCAUCUGUACGUCUCCAUCCCAGACUCUGUGCUCACACCGCCCGAGAUGGACAACAGCACCUCGAAAGGACCUUUUGGUGCCUCUCCCCGGACCAUCCCGGUGGCCUCCUCUUCGGCGGACACUCUCUCGCCCCCGCUCUCGGGCUCUCCGUGUGAGGAGAGGGCCGCAUCAACGCCGUUCACCCCGCUGGUCUACCCUGCUGAUAUGGAGGUGCUGCAGCGGUUCCAUGCAGGCAAUGUUGUCGUGCCACUGGUGCACCAGCUGGGCAGCCCCCAUGCCAGCACGUCCGGCUCCCAGGGCCUCUAUGCCACCAGCACCAUCAGGUACGCCCCUGCUGAUGUGACACUAGCCAUGCCGAGCAACGUGCUGCCACCCUCCCAUCCUAUCAACCUCAUGGACAUCAGCAGUGCCGAGGCCAAGACGUCCCGAGAACUCAUGUACCACCACCUGCAACGGCUGAACAUGGUUGUGCCGUUUGGAAAUUCUGGUGGCUUGGCCCAGAUUUCAGGGGGAGCAUUUGCUGCUACGGACGCCUUGUUUUCCCCACUACCCUUCCCGGUGGCUGGCAGUGGAGUCCACGGCACUUCGGCUUUGGAACGCAAGGAGGACUGAGUCUGUGACCAAGUUAGCAUCUUCUUCUGCUCCCCAAACCGUGGCCAAAGUCCGUGUUGGGCAGAGCGAUUGAUAAAAGGUGCUGUGUGGCCUUUUAUAGGAAAGCUUGGUGCCACCAUUCUCACCACCCGGGGAAGAAAUCUUUCUUCUGGAACAAAUCCCUGGGCAUCUCCUCUCUCCUCAGCACCCCUUUCUAAGCUUCGGUGCAGGUCAGUAGAGGGGCCAUCUCCUCCUCACUCUGCGUUCCACUCCUGCUCCUUGCCUGGCCACCCAGAUGCUGCUGUUUUAAACUGAUGUUGUUUGUAGAGAGAGUUCAGGAGGUAACUCGAUGUAAACAGAGUGUAGAGUCGGCACAGCCUUUCUGGGAAAGAUGAAAGUCAGAAGAAACAUUUGUUUCUUGUUCUCGCCUGUCUUCCUGCUGCUACAAGUUGACUUACUUCUACCACCAUUUUUGCUGGGGACUUUGGGUGUGUGCUGGGGGGGGGUAUAUUUAGGCCCUGCAGAUUUGUCUGUUGACAGGACCACCUGCCUGCUAGCCAAAGCAAGUGUAUUUGCAGAAAUUUGCAUUUGAAAAGCAGGAUUCCACCUCCUUUAAUGCCUCUCCCCCAGUGUGAUUUGUAUCUGUGUAUCACACUAGCAGUUAACAAUUUUUUUGCUUGUGUUAUGCACACUGCACUGUCCCUUGCAAUACAGCAUAGCAGUUGUUCAAAUGUUCAGCGCUGCGUUAUAGAGAAACAAGAAAUCAAAGUGCCCCAUUAUCACACACCCUUAUCUAAUAAUGUCUUACUCUGGUCACGCUUUCCCCUCCUGCAAACAAUGGAUUAACAGCUCAUCCCUUUUUCUUCUGUAGUGCCCAGAUAGAGGGGUAAAGACAGAAAGAAAAGUUGCUGAAACUAGUCUUUAUUGCCUUAUUGCUGAAGGUCCUGCCACUAGCUUAACAGUCUUAAGUGAAAUGUGGUGACAGCACGUGAGGGCUAAUUUCCUAGUGGUUAAAAGCACUUAUGAAAGUGAUAAAAGAUGCUGUACGGAUGAGCCAGUAAUUGAGCAUGGGCAGUUCAGAGAGUGCUGAAUGCGUUGUCACCUCUAAUUACCGGGUGUUAUUAGGCUUCUCAUCCAUCCAUUUAUCUACAUAUGGCUAUUAGCCAUUGCAACAAAAUGGAAAUUCCAUGUGCAGUGGCAGUCUACCAGAGCACCAGAUAUCUACCGGACACCAUCACUGUCACACUGUGUUCCUGAGUUUUCUGGAAGGGACUGCCUGGCUGCUAUUGGGGAAAAAAGCAUGGUGGUCUGAUUCAGCAAGGUUGCUUAUUCCUCCCAUUAUGAAAACUCAGCUCUCGUUUCAAUCCCGUAACCGACAGAAAACUUCUGUAGUUGAGACUCACUGGCACAUGGCAGGACCUUUUCCAUCCAGAGCCAAGAAUGCAGGCUGGAAAAGGGGUGAGACAGGUCGUCAACAUGUGUGAUGACAGCACUUAAAAAGGUAAAAAUGUUAUGCCCUAACGUCUAGCACUUAUCCAAAAUAAAGGCUUGUACAGUUCAGUGGGAAAGGGGUGGGUGGGGGAAACCCACAGCAAGACAGUAGCACUUGGAUGAUGUGAUAUUUUUCUGUGUAACUCAUUGCUAAAGGUGUGUGCGCGUGUGUGCGCACAGUUUUUCUUUCAUUAAUCUACUGUUCUCGUUGGAUAGAUGAAUGUUGUUUCCACUGUUCACUUGUUCUUGACAUUUUGCUGCUUCUUUUGGCGAUCUGAGGUUUCAGAGGAAAUAAAAAUAAAUGGACUCUGU